UGGGCAUCAACACUCACUCUGACAGAGGAACUGUUCACUGCUCAUGUUCAGCUGCUUUCAGAUCGCCACAUUUGAUAAAUUCAGAAUGUUUUUAUUUGCUUUUUUUAAUUUGUCUUUUGCUUUGUUUAAUAAUUCUGAAUGGAUCCGUAUAUAUUUAUAUACAGUCAGGUUCAGGCGAGUGUAUAGUGGUCUGUUACAGAAAAUGCUCUAAACACAUGUAACAUUUAUUUUUUUCCUCUCAGUUUUUGUUUUUUUAAAAAAAAAAUUAUUUAUCUUGAAAAAAAAAAAAAUCUUGCAGAAAAUAUAUAUUUAUGAGAAUCAUCCUUGAAUUUAAUCUUGAACUUGGUAAAACAAUUAUCUUUAUUUAAAAUGUUUCAAGUAUUAAUAUUUUUCCUUUUGUUAUACUGGGAUAAAUCAUACUGGAAUUUAUUAAAUAUUCCACCAGCCGAAACUGUUUAAAGAUCAUGUGUGCUAUGAUAAAUAAGUGACUGAAUGAUUUGCAGCUUUCUGAGAAGCCAAAAUCAAGCAGAGAGAAAAUGAAUGACAGAGUACCUCUGUUUUUAGAUGAAGGUGCCAGUGAUUCAUUUGUAGUUCUAGAAAGACAAUCGUCUGCGGUGAGACGACGGACACUAAAUCAGCCACACCGACAUCACAACUCAGAGGAUCAUGGGAGGACACAGCGAUCCACAGAAGACAGAAGAUCGGUUCCAUCUGAACUCAGGAUAGUGCUGGUGGGUAAAACCGGAUCCGGAAAGAGUUCAGCGGGAAACACCAUCCUGGGCAGGGAGUGUUUUAUCGAGGCUGUUUCUCCAGGAUCAGUGACUGAGACCUGUGAGAGAGGAGAAGCACAGAUCGGUGAGCGGAUCAUCUCAGUCAUCGACACUCCAGGCCUGUUUGAUACACGGAUGUCAGAAGGGAAAAUGAAGGGUGAGAUAGAGAGCUCUGUCUACAUGUCUGCUCCCGGUCCUCAUGCGUUCCUGCUGGUCAUCAGACUGGGUGUGAGAUUCACAGACGAGGAGAAAAACACAGUCAGAUGGAUUCAGAAGAACUUCGGAGAAGCAGCUACUCGAUACACCAUCCUUCUGUUCACUCACGCUGAUUAUCUCAAGGGAAAACCAUUAGAUCUGUAUAUCACUGAGAGUAAAGAUCUCCAGGCUCUUGUAAAUAAGUGUGGCGGCAGAUAUCACCCAUUUAACAAUGAAGACAUGAGGAACCGCGAACAAGUCACAGAACUGCUGGAGAAUAUUGAGAUCAUGGUGGAGGAGAACGGAGGACAGCACUACACUAAUGAGAUGUACCAGGACGCUCAGAGAAACAUACUCAGUAGAGCAGAGUUCUGGUCUGGAAAUCCUCGUUUUGUGCUGCUCGGUAAAACUGGAUCAGGAAAGACCAGCGCGGUAGAAACCAUCCUGGGCCAAAGGAGAUCUGAGAGAUCUGACAGCAGCGGGCUGAAAGAAGCUUGUGUGUCUGGAAAGAGCAUGACAAUAAUUGACGCUCCCGGACUGAUUGAUGCACCAGAAGAGAAGAUGAAGGACGGAAUCGAGAAGUUUGUCUUCAUGUCUGCUCCUGGUCCUCACGUGUUUCUGCUGGUCAUCAGACUGGACACCAGAUUCACAGACGAGGAGAAUAACACGGAGAGAUGGAUUCGUAAGAACAUCGGAGAAGAUGCUUUAUGUCACACCAUCAUUCUGUUCACUCACGCUGAUGAUCUGAGGGGGAAAACAUUAGAUGAGUAUAUCAGAGAGAGAAGCUUUCUGCAGUCACUGGUUCACGGCUGCGGUGGCAGAUUUCACUCAUUCAACAAUCAGGAUAGAGACGAUCACAAUCAGGUCUCAGAGCUGCUGGAGAAGAUCGAAAACACUGCAGAGAGAAACCGGUGGGAGUACUACACAAAUGAGAUGUUUAAAAAAAUUAUUCACAAAAAGACCUUUAAAGAAAAACUAGAAAAAAACCUAAAUAAAGUCGCAGUCGGAGCUGUACCAGUAAGUGUAGGAUCCGUAGCAGCAGGUGUGGCGCUGCUAGCAGAGCCGGUCAUAGCACCAGUGCUAAUAACUGCAGGAGUUGUGUUUGUGCUUGGAGUUGCUGGAGCCUUUGUCUGGACAAAAAUUUUGCAAAAAAUCUGUUUAUGACAUUGUGGAGAGCAGGGAUUAAAGUUCUCCAAAAUCCACUGAAAAAAAAAAAAUUCUGCACUCUCACUAAUUCUCUCAUAAUAACCAUCGAAGUGCAGAUCUGAUAUGAGCAUCAGUACUGGAUCCGUGCAUUAGGUCUUAAAGUGACAGCAGCCUAAUAUACCUGCUUCUGCCUAAUAUACAUUUUAUUCUUAAAUGGUGGUGUCUUAUUUUAUUGCAAAACAAGGUUA